AUGCAGAACGGUGGCGACAUCUGCGCAUUAGCCUCUGACAAUUAUCCCGAAAAAAUGCUGGAGAGGAUAUCGCAGUUUCGAUCCAACCAGGAUCUUUGUGACAUAACACUCGAAGCUGAAGGGGUCUUCUUCCCGGCUCAUAAAGUCAUCCUUGCUUCUGCCAGCUCAUAUUGUAAAUUGCUGUUUCGGGACUCCGGAGCUGACAGCUUCAUCCGACUCAAUGGCGUCACCGCUAAAGGGCUCCGCAAUAUCCUGGAUUUUAUCUAUUCAAACAAGCUUUCCCUGUCAUUGUCCAAUAUUGAAGACACAUUGAAGGCAGCAGAGAUCUUGCUGGUUCGGGAAGCUGUGAAGUUGUGCUUCCAGUUUCUAGAGAAUGGUUUAAAUCAGGACACAUGUUUGGACAUCCUAAAUAUCGUCAGAAAACAUGGUCCUGAAGAGCUCAAGGUGAAGGCCAAUGGGUACAUUGGCCAUCACUACAAACAUAUUCCAGGACAUUCCGGAAAUCUGAACCUAGUAGACAAGAGGACACUCUGUGAAAUACUAGAACGGGAAGAAGUCCCAGGCUGCAGUGAGCUUGAACUGUUCCGUUUGGUAGUGUCCUGGUUGCAGCAUGAUAGCUCCAGGCUAAAGGAGGCAGGAGAUGUCCUCAGGCAGAUACGUUUUCAACUGAUCUCUCUAGAAGAUCUCCAGACGUAUGUGAAGGAGACUUCGAUCAUGAAAACAGACUCCAACUGUUUCAGAUACCUCCAAGAAGCUCUAAAAUACCAUUCCCAAGUGUACGCUCAACCUAUUCUUCACUGCGAAGGUGCUACCAUAAGGUCCAGCACAGAAAGUCUCCUAGUUCUGGGUGGCAGGACAACCGAUAACCAAGUGUGCAGCAGUAUCUGGGUUCAAAAUCAGGAUGGCAGCUCUUGGUCUGAACUUGGACACAUGCAUGCUCCUGUGUACAAUCACUGUGUGGCCGUCAUUAAUGACUUCCUUUUCAUCAUUGGAGGGCAAACCACAUUUGACCCAUCAGGCAAAUAUCCGUCCAAUGAGGUUUUUCGGUUUGAUCCACGCACAGGAACGUGGUUGCAAUGUGCAGCCAUGUUGGAAAAGAGGACACGAUUUCACACUGAGGUGAUUGGCGAGCGCAUUAUUGCUGUAGGUGGAGGAUCUUUACUGGGUCACCUCACCCAAAGUGUGGAAAAGUACAACCCUGCAGAAAACAAGUGGGAAUACACCUCUCCCUUCCCCAUUCCAGUGGCAGAUCACGCCGGCACUACUCAAAAGGGUAUCUUGUACAUUUCAGGGGGUUAUUCCACAAACAAGACCCUGAACGACGUGUACAGCUAUCUGCCGAGGCUCAAGCGCUGGGUUGUGAACCGUGCCAUGAUGUGCGCUCGAUGUGACCACGGUAUGGCCACUAUCAGAGACAAGAUCUUCUGCAUUGGGGGACGCACACUAAAUGCGGCCAAGGAAUGGAUCCAUGUGAACGAAACAGAGGUUUACUGUCCAGCGGCUGACCAAUGGAGUGCCCUGAAGCUUUCUCCUUUUGACUGCUGCCAGUUCAGUAUUGUCACCCACCAGUCCAAGCUCUACAUCGCCGGAGGAGGCUCCCUAAGACGCAUGAACAAAGAGGAUGGCGUCUUUGUAUACGACCCAGAGGCUAAAGCGUGGAAGAAGACAGGGUCGCUACCCAGACCCUUGGUUGAUCACGCUUUCUGUGCCAUUAAGCUUCCACAUAGAAUGAUGGAGAAACAGCAAGUGAAGAAAGAGGAUGGGCCUUCCACCCCCAACAUGAAGAGAUCAACUCUGAAUUUAUUUAUUAUUGGCAAAAAAGAGAGAGAGGUAUAG